GAGAGAGGGAGUGUAAGUGAGAGAGAGAGAGAGAGAGAGAGAGAGAGAGAGAGGGAGUGUAAGUGAGAGAGAGCGGCUCCUGCAGCAGGACCUCAGUGAAGUUGAUCUUUCCUCCGCGCAGUUUUGGAGAGAAAUCUCAGCGCACACAGUGCACCUUCACCGCCUCACCGGAUGGGCUGCUCAUUCAGAGCCCUAACAGCCAGCUCUCCUUUCUAAAAAAAAAAAAAAAAGAACCGUGACACAUUACCGAAUAAACAUUUUGACCCGGCUGGAUGUUCUACAGAACCGAUGCGUGAGGAAAUGUCGAGUUUGGUGUGUGUGAAGGAGGUGGAGGGGCAGGGUGACCCUGCGGAGAAGCUGUCCCAGGACGAGCUGCUGUGUCGGACACGGGAGGUGAUGCAGGGGCUGGAGGCUCUGCGUGCUGAACACCAGGCCAUCCUGGAGGGUCUGAUGGGAACGCUACGUUGCCUUAAACAAACCCAGGAAGGCCGCACUGUCGAAGAGAAGACCGUCAUGAUUCAGCGCUCGCUGGAAAUGCUAGAGCUUGGGCUUAGUGAAGCACAGGUAAUGAUGGCUCUUUCAGGGCACUUGAGUGCAGUCGAAGCUGAGAAACAGAAGCUUCGAGCACAGGUCCGGCGAUUGUGCCAGGAGAAUCAGUGGCUGCGUGAUGAGUUGGCAGGCACGCAGCAGCGGCUGCAGAAGAGUGAGCAGAGUGUGGCCCAGCUGGAGGAGGAAAAGAAGCACCUGGAGUUCAUGAAUCAGCUAAAAAAAUAUGACCAGGAUCUCAGCCCAACAGAUGACAAAGACUCUGACUCGAGCAGGGAGACUCUGGAUGAUCUUUUCCCUGAUGAUCAGGAUGAGUCAGCCUCUGGCAUCCAGCCCCCACACAGCAGUGCUGUAGCAGCAGCUCAGCAGGGAGGCUAUGAGAUUCCAGCCCGGCUCCGAACCCUGCACAACCUGGUGAUCCAGUACGCCUCUCAAGGCCGCUAUGAAGUGGCCGUGCCGCUGUGUAAACAGGCGUUGGAAGACUUGGAGAAGACCUCGGGUCACAACCACCCUGAUGUCGCCACAAUGCUUAACAUUCUUGCCCUCGUCUACAGGGAUCAGAAUAAGUACAAAGAGGCUGCAAACCUUCUGAAUGAUGCACUUGAUAUCAGAGAGAAAACACUGGGCAAAGACCAUCCUGCGGUGGCUGCUACACUAAAUAAUUUGGCUGUCCUUUAUGGUAAACGUGGGAAAUACAAAGAGGCAGAACCACUAUGCAAAAGGGCACUGGAGAUCAGAGAGAAGGUGCUAGGGAAAGACCACCCCGAUGUGGCAAAGCAGCUGAAUAACCUGGCUUUGCUGUGUCAGAACCAGGGCAAGUAUGACGAGGUGGAAUAUUACUACCAGAGAGCCCUUAACAUCUAUCAGACCAAGCUGGGCCCUGAUGACCCCAAUGUAGCCAAGACCAAAAACAAUCUGGCCUCAUGUUAUCUGAAGCAAGGGAAGUUUAAGCAAGCAGAGACUCUCUAUAAAGAGAUCCUCACACGAGCUCAUGAGAGGGAGUUUGGCUCUGUAGAUGGUGAGAACAAGCCUAUCUGGAUGCAUGCAGAGGAGAGAGAGGAACAGAGUAAAGGGAAGCAGAAAGAUGGAUCCCCAUUUGUAGAGUACGGUGGCUGGUACAAGGCCUGCAAAGUGGACAGCCCCACUGUAACGACCACACUGAAGAACCUGGGUGCCCUGUACAGGCGGCAGGGCAAGUUUGAGGCUGCUGAGACUCUGGAGGAGGCUGCUAUGCGCUCCCGAAAAAAGGGUCUGGACUCCACCCAUAAGCAGCGUGUGGCGGAGGUUCUGGGGGAUCCAGAGGCUCGGGAGAAGCAGCGCAGCAGAGAGAGUCUGAUAUCUGACACGGUGAAGUACGAGAGUGGCCCAGAUGGAGGAGAGGAAGAGCAAUGCUCAGGAUACAAAACAGAGAAGACUGCAGCAGAGCGAAGAGGGGAUGGCUCGGGCUCAUUAAAGCGCAGCGGCUCCUUCAGUAAACUCCGAGCCUCAAUUCGCCGUAGCAGUGAGAAACUCGUCCGCAAGCUCAAAGGAGGCGGCUCACGAGAAAACGAACCCAAGAAUCCUGGUGUGCUUGCAUGUGGCUCUCUCGGAAGCAGCAUGAAGAGGGCCAGCUCUCUGGGGGUUCUCAACGUACCGGACAAACCUGUGGGCGAACUCUUCAAAGAGCGAAAUAAUCGUCUGAGGAAGAGUCGGGAUCUGAGUGCCAGUCACACUGACCUAGCGCAUUGAAGCUCUGCAUAGCACGUGCUGAUGAAGUCGAGAGGGUUCAGUGAGGGCACAGACUGAGGCAACUUCUACACCCUUCUCCCAACCUUUUUUUUUUUUUUUUUUUUUUAAAUAAACACAGGAAACCCUUUACAGAUGUUUACGUUUACUUGCCUUUACUUUCCAGAACUAAGUAAACAAAUUUGCUUGUGUAAUGUCUUCGGACAACACUAGAAAUUAUACGAUCAACUGCUGAUUAAGUGCAACUAACAAUCAUGCAUUCUCAACCCACUCCCAAACCCAGAAGUGUGUGUACUGAAAUGCAUUUUGAUUUGUGAAAUAAAAUUGAACUUGGCACAUUAUUCGGGCUCAGGUUAGGGAUUUAUACAUUUAUGGCACUUUCAACCCAAUGAUUAAUGCUCUGUAUGUCCUUUUAUUUGAUCAUUUUUUGUCAUCUUGUUGUCUAAUGUGUGUGAAGGAUAUGGCAACAUCUAACUGUGUGAUUUGAAUGUGUGUGUAUAGUUGUAGUAAAUAUGCUUUAUUCCUAUUUGUUUUCUACCCAAUUCAUUUUCAGUAACAUUAGAUGUUCAUCUUCAUAACUUUGUCAGGCUUUUACUGGACUAAUUUAUUUUUAAUAAAUUUUGUUGUGGUAAAUUAUGAACCACACCUGUUUUAAGGUCUCUGUUUACAUUCUGUAAUGUUUUACUAUGGCAUUAGAUUAUUUUUUUUCCCAGUUGUUGUAUCAGCUUACUCAAGAAGCCUUAAAUGGUCCUGUUGGAUGUUUUUCUUUCAAAUGUCCAUAAUUAAGAAUGUGGAUCAAAGGUUUAAGAAACCAAGGAAAACUGCACUUCACUGGUCUCAUGGAGAAAAGGUUACCAGCCUUUUCUUACAGUUGUCAUCUGACAAUUUUUUACUUCUUUAUCUGUUACAAUUUUUUUUUUUUUUUUUUAAUAUAAAGUUAUACAGAUUGAUGUAGGUGAGUUGAAGGACUGGUUCUAUUUAACUUCUCAUAUUGGUCAUAUAUCUGAACAAGACAAAAUAUUUUUGAAAAGGAUUAUUGAAGAAAUGUGUACUGCCUCUUUUCAUCAACUGAGGAAGAGCUAAAAUCAGUUAUAAUAAACAUCUGUAUGUGCACUGUAAAUUUGUAUCUAUGAACAGUCAUGAAGUAGGUUACAUGACCUGAGAGUGACCAGAUCAGGUCUCUAAUUAAUGAUGGAGAUGGUUUACUGUUUGGUAAGUCAAUUACUCUUUAUGAUUUAAUGGUAUAAAUAAAUCUCAGUCCUUUUAUCCAAAGAAUGAACCACUUUUUUAAGAAUAAAAAUGGACCACUGAAGGCAAGGUUCAACUCCACAAGCAACCAUGAGGAAAAUGAAUAAAGUUCAUGCAGGUUUGUUAUAAACUGCAUGUAUGUUCUCUGCAUUGGGCUGCUUCUCUGCAUUCUGACAAAGUGCAAUAUUGUAGCUGCUUUGUGUGUUUGUUCUGUUUGACCUUAUAUAUGACAUUCUACUGACAAAAGCUGCUUGGCUUGGUGUCUUUGUUAAUAAAUUUGUGAUUAAAUAUGAAUCUAUCUUCA